AUGAUCAAGGCGAUCUUCUACAGCAAAUUCGACACCCAGGAAGGUCCCAAGGUCGUUCACCAGGUCCCUGAUGGGGCAAUUGUCCCUUCAUCUACCGCGCCCGCGCAGCCCCUGUUCCUGACAUUCUCCGACAUCUCGUUCUUCGUUAUCCCUCGCCAGGAGCUCUGCGGCAACCUGCUCCAGGUCUGUACCAAUGGCUACCGCAUUCUGGGAUAUCCAAUCUGCAUGAAAUCGGUCCGCUAUGAUCGGAACGAGUUCAUCUUCAAUUUUUGUCUCGUACUGUCCGAGGAGGAUGAUUUCAGCACAUACAAAAGCGUGGUGCGGAAGCUGGCCGACCUGAUGCAUGCCCUGGAGGAACAGAGCGGAUUUUUGUCGCGUGAUUUCUCCAAGAGUGGCGAAGGGAAGGUGCAUAGUCUUUGUGAGAUGUUGAUGGAGGAUCUGAAUAACUACUGCGAGUGCAUGAUUCCUAUCGACGAGCUCAACACAUUGAACAUAAAGCUAUUUCCCAUUUACCCAUCCCCACCUGCUGUUAAGGCCUGGUAUGUCCCGCUUUUCACGGUGCGAUAUCAAGCUUUCAUGGACGAGAACUGGGAUCUGACCAUGCAACGAAUUGUCCCUCACAUCAACGGCGUCAACAGUGUGCGCAUUAUCUCUACUUUAGCAGAUACUGACUUCUCCCUAACCUGUCGCGCAAUCCGCCAUCUCCUCUACUACGGCUGCGUCUUCCUCCUAGACAUCUUCUCCUUCUCCGCAAUCUACGCCCCAACGGCCCAGUUCAGUCCCACGAUCGCCUCAGACGAAGCAAUGCAACUCGAAUGUGCCCGCUACGUCAAUACUCGCUUCGCACCUCAUAACCCCAUGGCACCACCCUCCGCCAUUCCACCCGUGACAGCUGCGCUCGCCGCGACAAGCAGUAGCAGCACAGCAACCAUAACCAUACCCGGUGGACCGAACGUUGGAUCCCUAUCCAGCCCACUCACAGACCCGGCACCCAGUCUCUCCCGCGAUGAUUCUCGCUUCGAUGCAGAGGAAAUCUGGCCCCUGCUAGGCGACGAGGAAAACCACGGUAUAAUGGGUAUGAACGGUUCAUCGAAUACUGCCGAACCAACAGAUCCUACAUUACCACAGGGACCUGCAGUUGUUGAUGGAGUGGGUAUCGUGGAGCUAUAUGCAGGUCUGAAACAGGGUCAAAGCGUGAAGCAGUGGUACUCUGCCCAUAGUCGAGAACUAGCGAAUAUCGAUAUCCGACGAUUUAUUACAUUCGGUGUGAUUAAGGGCUUCUUAUACAGAGUGCGUAAGUAUGCCUGUGCAACCGGACAACCGGGUCCAGGACCUGGUCAUCGGAAUUCCUCGCUUGUGCCUAGUGCAAAUAGCAAUGGAAAUGGGAACGGGGUAUCUACGUCUGGAACCGCGACAGCUAAUACACCUGCACAUCUAUCAACGGGUCCUUCAUCCCGCGCUACAACGGGGCAUAAUAGUCCAUAUGCGACCUCGACUACGGGCGAGGAGGCACCUAUUUCUUCAAUCGGGAGACAAGGACAGGAGAAUGGGCAUGAACGCACAGCGAGCUUUCAUAGUGGAAGUCGAAGUGGGAAUUUAGGUCUUGGAGGGAAUGCGCCAUUAACGGGGUUAUUUGAGGAUGAAGAUGAUAGGAUUGAUGAACGGCUAUUUAGUCGCUAUCUUGAUGGGACACAUUGUUUUGAUCAGAUAUGCACAGAGUUGGAGAUUAGUGAGCGUGAGUUGACGACGAGGUUGAAGAGGUAUCCCGGGGAGGUGUUGAUUCUUCAUCGGUGA